AUGAAUGUUGGUCAAUGGGUACAUGUUGCAUUUACAUGGAGUAGUCAAAAUAAAGCUCAACUUUACAAAGGAAAUACGUUUCAAAGCCGAACUGAUGCAAUUAGAUUAAAUAAUGGUUAUGAUGAAUCAAUAACUACAACAUCAGGAAUACAUGAUAGAAUAGCAAAUUGUACUGUUGGAGAUGAAUUAGAUAUAAAAAAACAAUUUAUUGGCUCACUCGAUGAAUUUUAUAUAUUUUCACGAGAAUUACAACAGAAUGAAAUUGAAGAACUUAAUUCAACAGCUAAUUUUUUAUCUUAUUUUUUUCUUUAA